UUGUAACAUUUGAAUUUUAUCAAGAAGGGUGAAAAAUUUGCUGGAGGAGGCAGUAGGCAAAAAAGCACAGAAAAAUUAAGAUUACUUAUUUUAUUAAAUGAACCCUAAUUAAUUUAGCAGCUACAAGGGUUAUAUUUAUGCACUGAGGGGAGAUGAAAUGGUUAACAGAGUGGUUAAUGGUUCACAACCUGGCUGUGUUUGCUCUCCUCUCUCUCUCUCUCUCUCUCCCGCUCUCUCACACGCACACAAACACACAAACACACACACACACACAACCAGGAAAUAACUCCUCAUUUCAGAGAAAACAAAUCUGAUCUCUGCCGUGUGUGAGUUCAGGAAAAUGGCCGAGUCCAGUAUUUCAGUAGAUUUUUCAGUGGAUCAGUUCAUCUGUCCAGUGUGUCUGGAUCUCCUGAAGGAUCCGGUGACUAUCCCCUGUGGUCACAGUUUCUGUAAGGUGUGUAUUAAUGGCUGCUGGGAUCAGGAGGAUCAGAAGGGUGUCUACAGCUGUCCUCAGUGCAGAGACACUUUCACUCCAAGGCCUGUUCUACGCAGAAACAACAUGCUGGCUGAAGUGGUGGAGAAACUGAAGAAGACUGAAGUCCAAGCUGCUUCUCCUGCUCACUGUUACACUGGACCUGGAGAUGUGGAGUGUGAUUUCUGCACCGGGAGAAAACACAAAGCCGUCAAGUCCUGUCUGACGUGUCUGGCCUCCUUUUGUGAAACUCAUCUGAAACCUCACUAUGAAGUUCCUGCUUUGAAAAAACACACAUUAAGUGAAGCCUCAGCAAAUCUACAAGAGAAGAUCUGCUCUGAACAUGAUGAAGUGUUGAAGAUCUACUGUCGUACUGACCAAAGAUGUAUUUGCUCUUUGUGCAUGUUGGAUAAACAUAAAGGCCAUGACGCUGUAUCAGUUGCAGCAGGAAGAGCUGAGAAACAGAGUGAGUUAAAGGAGGAUCAGAUGAAAUUCCAGCAGAGAAUCCAGGAGAAGCAGAAGAAGGUGCAGGAGCUGAAACAGACUGUGAACACUAUAAAGCUCAGUGCACAGACAGCAGUAGAUGACAGUGAGAGGAUCUUUACUGAGAUGAUCAGCUCCAUGGAGAAAAAGCGCUCGGAGGUGACGGAGCUGAUCAGAGCUCAGGAGAAGGCUGAACUGAGUCGAGCUGAACGACUCCUGGAGCAACUGGAGCAGGAGAUUGCUGAUCUUCAGAGGAGAGUCACUGAGCUGGAGCAGCUUUCACACACACACGAUCACAUCCAUUUCCUCCAGGCUUUAGCUUCUGGAUGUCAGUCUCCUCAAUUAAAAAGACCAGAGUUUGACCCGUCCAGCAUCACUGUCCCUCAACAUCUGUCAUUUGAUGGAGUGAGGAAUUCUCUCUCAGAUCUGAAGAAGAGACUGGAGGAAUUCUGUGAGGAGGAAUUCAACAAAAUCCCUCCACAUGCUGCAGCAGUUCAGAUCAUUUCACCACCAGAGCCACGGAGCAGAGAAGAGUUUCUGAAAUAUUUCUGUUAUCUGACUCUGGAUCCCAACACGACACAUCCUCACCUCAUUCUGUCUGAGAAGAACAGAGUGGUGAGGGACAGUGAGAGAGAGCAGCAGUACUCUGAUCAUCCAGAGAGAUUUGACUCCUGGUGUCAGGUGUUGUGUAAGGAGAGUGUGUGUGGACGCUGUUACUGGGAGGUGGAGUGGAGCAGUGUGUUUGGUGUGUCCAUAUCAGUCUCAUAUAAAGACAUCAGCAGGAAAGGACAGGGUAAUGAGUGUGUGUUUGGACGCAACAAUCAGUCCUGGAGUCUGUGGUGUUCUUCUUAUUCUCUCAUUUUCUAUCACAACAACAUUAAGACUGAUCUCAGAGUUCCAUCAUCCUCCAGAAUAGGAGUUUAUGUGGAUCGCAGUGCAGGAACUCUGUCCUUCUACAGCGUCUCUGACACCAUGAAGCUCCUCCACAGAGUCCACACCACAUUCACUCAGCCUCUACAUGCUGGGUUCAGGCUCUACUGGAGUUUAGGUUCUUCAUCUGUGAGAUUGUGUGAUCCAGAAUAAUGUGUGUAGUGUUUUGUAUAAAAUUUGCACAUUACCACAUUGUUACUCCAUCAUCUGUUUUACUAGCACACAAUCCAGCUGCACAAAAUACAGUCAUUUUUAUUUCUUAAUUAAAACAGAUAAGGCAUUUUACACUGAUUAAAAGUAAAUGUUAAAAAUGAUCUCUCAGAAAAGAAACUAGUAAAAUCUUAAAAUGGAAAUAAUCAAAUGAUAUCUUGUUUCAUAUGAAGCAUCCUCUCAUUAAAUCACUAAUAAACAGUAAGUUGGGUUUAAACAGUUACACAAUUAAACAGUGGGUUUAAUUUAACAGAAACAUUUCUGACCACCAGACGGCGCUCACACACCACAAUUACUACGUUCUCAUGAAAUGCACAUGAUCCACCACCACACUUCCGGUUCCAUCGCUCUGAAGUCACUGGAUACUUUGAAUGGGUUUUGUGAGUUUUAUCUACAUAUUCAUCUACAGAUUCAUUUCCGUCUAAAUAGUAUUUUAAUGAGCAAGAAAUCUUCAUCUUACAUCAGGUAAGGAAUAAAACAGGAAGAGGCAUGAAGGUCCAGGAAAAUAAUGAGGUGGUGUGAUGUGGCCCAACAGUAUGCACUUUUAGUGAUAUCUCUCAGCAGUAAACAAUGCAACAUAAAUGAAAUAAGGUAAUAAAGAUUCAUUUAUUCAGAUUUAUAUUUGCAUUUAUCAAUAAAUUACAAACUUUUUGUUCACGGAAAAUUUGUAUGCAGAACAAAUGACACUGAAGUUCAGGUUACAGUGAAAUAUUUCUGCUUUAUUGCCAUCAUUAUCAUCAUGAACACAAUGCAGUAGAGGUUUUAUGUCUCACAGUGAGACACAGUCCU